AUGAUAGGAGGAAUCAUGAGUAUUCAGACGGCGAUGGAUCUGAUCGUCGCCGGUUUCUCUCUGAUGAUCGGAUUUGGAUGCUUUGCUCUCAUCGCCUCCGUCCUCUGCUCCGUCGCUUUCUUCCACCAUCUCAAAGCCUCUCCUUCCGAUCCCACCGUCUUUAACUUCUCGCCGGAGAUAAACAAUUCCAAACCAGAGUCGAACAUGGUGGGGGAGACAAGAAACAAAGACUUUUCUACCUCUUCUACUUGUACGAGAAAUGCAGUAUGGUAA